AUGUCCUCUCCCAACAUUUACGCCGUUUUGGGCUCCACGGGCAAUUGUGGCACGGCACUCAUCCAGAAUCUCCUCCGGAAUCCCGACGCCCACGUCCACGCAUACUGUCGCAACCAGCCCAAGCUUCUCCGUCUCUUGCCCAACCUCGACAAGGAAGAAAGAGUCAAAAUCUUCCAAGGCAAUAUUCAGGACAGUUCCCUUCUGACCUCAUGCCUCAGUGACUGUCGGGUGGUGUUCCUGGUUGUCUCAACCAACGACAAUAUCCCCAACUGUCAUAUCGCCCAAGACACGGUCAAAGCGGUAAUCCAAUCCCUCUACAAUACCAGGCAGCAAGCUAUAUCCGGGGACAACAAGUCACAUAAACCACCCAAGCUCGUCCUGCUGUCAUCCGCGACCAUCGACGACCACUUCUCCCGCCACGUGCCAUACCUCCUCCGACUGGUCCUCCUCCGCUCAGCGUCACACGUCUACAACGACCUGAUCGAGACUGAAAGAAUCCUUCGCGCCGAAGGGGACUGGCUGACAACUAUCUUUGUCAAGCCGGGCGCGCUCUCCGUUGACAUCCAGCGAGGACAUGCCCUGAGCUUGACCGACGAGGAGAGCCCUUUGUCCUACUUGGACCUGGCUGCUGCAAUGAUUGAGGCCGCGGAAGAUGCAGAUGGGAGCUAUGAUAUGCGAGAUGUGAGUGUGGUUAAUGCAAAUGAGAAGGCCAAGUUCCCGACGGGCACUCCGAUGUGUAUCUUCAUGGGGCUGCUGCGACACUUUUUUCCAUUUCUGCACCCUUACCUACCGUUAAACACGGGGCCGUAA